AUAUUCUUUGUUAUUCAUUCUUUGCGUAAUUUUUCUGCUUCUUCUUUUCUCUUUUUUUUUGCCCCCACUCUUCACAGAGGCUGUUUUUUUGAAGCCUCCAGAAACUUUUCUUUUUACUCGAUUAACGUUCCUCCACAUCUGUCAGCAGUGAAAGAAGAAUUAACUUGUUCUUCCUCCUUUUGAAAAGGAAUCUAGCAUCGAAUAUUUCCGAUCCGUCACAAAAAAAACUCAAAGAAGCACUGCAACGAAGUAACGCGAGCCGAUACGCCGCACGCAGAUCGUCGAGAAUGUCUACACAUAUCUCUCAGAUUGCGGAAUCGCAAGAUGGAAAUGAGCUGAGACACAACGAUUCAAGCAGAGGCGGUCGAGGAACACGUAGGAGACGUAAUAGGAACCGUGGUGGUCAUGGUGGACGUGACAGGAGUGGUGUUGCUCAUCAUACAUCCGGCGGGGAUCGCGGUUCACGCCCUUCAGGGAGAAGUCGAGGGAGAGGUGGUAGACGGGGUGAUGGCGAGGCAAGAAGAGCACAGCAUAUUAGCGCUGCACGAGUGGACCCAGGUUCUGGAAGAAUAUUCGCUGGACGAUUGACGAGACCCGAUGAAUUGGAAUAUGCAAACGAUCGCACGCCUCAGGGAACAAAUGAUAGUGUUGAGAAUGGCCCCGCAUCCUUACGAGCAGAUGCUCCGGAGUUUGUGCCUGGAGCUCCUUCAAAAGCUUCACCUUCAACCGCCCUUGAUUCCCACCCACCAACGCAACGUAAAGCGAAACAACCCAGAAACCCCAAGACGAAAUCUACCGCGGACGAUAUUGCUACUCGUACACACGAAGAUAUACAGAAUGGAUUCUACGAGUGUCCAAUUUGCACAUCUGAAUUGGGAAGAAGAUCAAAAGUAUGGUCAUGCAAGCGCUGUUGGACUGUUUUUCACUUGAGUUGCAUAAAAAAGUGGUCGAACAAUGAAGGAUCAGCAAUGGAACGCCCACGAGGCGACGAUGAGGAGAACACAGAAGCAUUGCGGCCUCGAUUAUGGAGGUGUCCCGGUUGCAAUUUGCCGCAAGAUGUUAUGCCGUCGAUUUACAGCUGUUGGUGUGAAAAGGAGAUCGACCCUCGACCAUUACCCGGCUUGCCUCCACAUUCUUGUGGUCAAAGCUGCUCGAAGUCUCGCAACGGUUGUCCACAUCCAUGCAAUUCAGUCUGCCAUGCUGGUCCAUGCGCCUCUUGUCAGGCCAUGGGGCCAACUCAGCGAUGUUUCUGUGGACGACAUGAAUCUACAAAGAGAUGUGUGGAUACAGAUUACGAAAACGGAUGGAGCUGCAUGAAGAUUUGCGGCGAGCUACUAUCCUGUUUGCGUCACAAGUGCCAGCGUCCUUGUCACGAAGGCCCGUGUGGUGCUUGUGAGGAAUCCGUCCACGCUAGGUGCUAUUGCGGGAAGGUCACGAAAGAUAUGCCAUGUAGGGGGACGGGAGAGGAGAAAUACAGUGAACGCGAGAUUGAAAUGGAAGAAAUUUCCGGGGAGAUUUCAACGUGGACCGGGUCAUUUGAUUGCACGUCCAUUUGUGACCGUGUCUAUGAUUGUGGCCUGCAUCGCUGUCAGCAAUCAUGUCAUCCUCAGAGUCGGGCAGUGCCGCACUGUCCAAGCUCUCCAGAUGUUGUUAAACAUUGUCAAUGUGGAAAAUCACUUCUCUCUGAUAUCCCAAAUGCUAAAGCGCGGACUUCGUGCGAAGAUCCGAUCCCCACAUGUGAGAAACCUUGUGGGAAAGUGCUGCCGUGCAAACAUACCUGUCCAAAGGUAUGUCAUAGCGGUCCUUGUCCGCCAUGUUUCCUUUCUGUUGACAUCAAAUGUCGCUGUGGGCGUACAUCAUCGAAAUCCCUCUGCCAUCAGGGCUUUGGUGAGCCUCCUCAGUGCAUGCGCGUUUGUAAAGCUCCAAUGAACUGUGGCAGGCACACAUGCGGGGAACGAUGCUGCCCAGGCCAGCGCCAGUCAAUAGAACGGCAAGCCGCUAAGCGAAAGCUUAAGCCAUUCUCUCUUCGUCCUCAACAGAUGGUUGAGGAGAUUGAAGCGGAACAUAUAUGCACACGAGUAUGUAACCGGACUCUAAAGUGCUCCAAACACAAUUGCCGGGAAUUAUGCCAUAGAGGUGUCUGCAAGACUUGCCCUGAGGCCAUUUUUGAGGAAGUCUCAUGUCACUGUGGUAGGACAGUUCUUCAACCACCGCUUCCUUGCGGAACAACUGCUCCGGCAUGUCAUUACGACUGCGAGCGGCCGAAGCCCUGUGGUCAUCCGCAAACCCCUCAUACUUGUCAUAUGGACGAUGAAAACUGUCCGAAGUGUCCGUACUUUGUGGAAAAGAAGUGUCUCUGUGGAAGAACGUCGUCCAAGCAACCAUGUUCGCAGCCUAACGGCCAAUGUGCUUUCAUAUGUUCAAAGCCCUCCAAAUGUGGCGCCCAUACAUGCCAGCGGUUCUGUCAUAGGCCGGGAGAGUGCUCGGAUUCGAACAGCCCUUGCCAGAAGACAUGUGGAAAGCGUCUCAAAACUUGCGGACAUCCCUGCCAAGAGCGCUGCCAUGCUCCGUAUCCUUGUUCCGAGUCCACUCCAUGUCGAUCUCGCGUUUCUAUUACCUGUGCGUGUGGAAGGCUCACGGAGGAAAAGAAAUGCAGCUCUACUCGCGAAACGCCGAGAACCUCUGAUGAAAAAUUAAAAUGCGAUGAUGAAUGUGCGCGUCUAAAACGAAACCGUGACUUGGCUUCCGCUUUGAAUAUUGAUAUAGAUCCGGUUACAACUACAGCUGCCAAUCCAACUGUAGGGCCACAGGACUCGGAUACUCUGCCAUAUUCGGACGAUACCCUCGACCUGUACGUUCAGCUAUCCUCCUCUUCGACAUUGGCUACCCUUCAGGGCUAUGAAGCAAGCCUUCAUGCACUCGCUACCCAAGACUCGCAAAAAUCGAACCGCUUUCCACCAUGCCGUUCCCAACUUCGUGCCUUUAUCCAUUCUCUUGCCGGGGACUGGGGAUUCCAAUCCGAAAGUUUUGACCCGGAGCCAGUUCGCCAUGUUUUUGUGUACAAAGCUCCGGGGUGGAUCUCACCAGGUGUCGCUGCCGCCGGCCAAACGAGGAUUGGCAUUCGUGGUCUAAGCGUCAUUGAGUGUAUUAAAUUACGAGAGCGUGAACGCGCAAAGGAAAAAGAAGCUAGGAGAGCAGCCGCUGAAAAGGCAAGACAUGAAGCUGAACAACUGAACGAUGAAUGGACAGUCCUGGAACAGAAGGAUGAACAUGGGUGGUCGAGAGUUGUAUCGAAGAAGAAGCCACAGUGGUGGAAUGAUAGUGAUAUUCAGAAGCUUGCACCGAAUUUAGCGCAGACUGGACCUGGCGAAGGUAGCAGUAUGGGACUGAGCAGUGGCAGGUUUGGCAGUCUCAUAUUGAAAAGUGGUGUCGGUAGGGGAAAGGAAAUGGAUGGAUCAAGUUCACGUCCUUCUUCGUCAGGGGGUCGAAAGAAGCCGGCUAGCGAUGAGGAGGUCGUUGAUGAUUGGGAGGAGGAGAUUGAAAAAGAAGAGAAAGCAGGAGAGAAAGAAAAAGAGGAGGAGAAAGAGAAGCAGGAGCCGUCUGAUGUCCUUGCGCCUGAUCAUCAGCCUUGGGAUUGGGCUUCUGAAGGGGAAGGCGAGUCAUAUAUUGUCGAAACCGGGUUUCCAAUCGUUGGGAAUUGAUUCUCCUCUGGGAAAGGGUGCAGAUAGCGCUGGUGAAACGUUGACCUGUGGUGCACAGGAGGAUUUAGGAAAUAUGUAGUUACUCCAUACUCCAUGCUCCAUAGAGGCGGUAUCAAUACCAAAGGUGUCAGAGGCUUGAUCAUUUCUUUCUCGCCCCGUACUUAAUUCUUUGAAUUGAAUAAUAUGGAUGUUGGAAUAUCUUGGCUCUCCCAUCUCAACCACUCAAGCAUUAUCCUUGCAGUUGAAGGAUCUGGUAACUGAUCAAAGGUGCACGGAGUAGUGGAUAGAUAAUCCCUAACAUGGAAAAGACUGAGGAGUGCAUUUAUUCAUGUUGAUUUGAAUACGAAAGCCGCACGAGUUUAAUUUCCCAUGGUUGGUUUGCUGGGCUUGGAGGCUUUUCGAGGUACCCGGAUUUUAUUCACUCUCGGCAAUCUAUUAUUAUGCAGUAUUAUUGCACUCAAAGUUUUGUAACUAGAACGUGGCUGUAACGCGGAAUAUGUACGGAGUAUAUAGCUAGAGCAAUCGGGUUGUCUCUGGGCUGAACCUUGACAAGCA